UUUUCCUCACUCAUUCCCACCCCAACUACGUGAUACUAUAAUAAAACGUUGAAGUUAAAGACCAAGAAGAAAUAAAUGAAAAGCCAGCGACAGCUGAACACUUAUAGUUUCAGUGGAGCGUUUAGCGCCACAUAUACCCGGUCUUGUAUCUUCAUGUCUCUUCGGUGUUUUCCCUCAUGGGAGUCAUUCGACGCUUCCGCCGGCUACCGAUACAUGACAACAACCAGACAUCACCAGAAAUGUCACACCGAUGGAUGGGGAUAUCCUGUCUGUCUGUUAGUCGCGUACUUGUCACCUGGGAGCAAGAGCUGAUAAUCGAUUGUGGCACCCGGGGGGAUGGACUUUUAACUCCUGGAGGUAGUAAAUCGUCGAAUUCUUGUUGUCAUCCGUUGUUGGCACAACACUGGGGAACACUUGAAGGGCACAACCGACGGAUCGGUAUUCCGGGGACUUUUGACAACAACGCGACACGAGAGACCGACCAGGAACGAUACUGA